GCACAUGUUCUGUGUGGUAGCUGGCCCCCAUUUCUGCUGUGAGCGCUUGAGCCGUGUGCCCCCAUCUCUGACAUUCUUUGCAGAAAGCUCCUCAAAGUCGCUGCUGCUGCUUCUCCUGCCGCGGGUAAAGAUGGGGAAAAUUAACGGCUGCCUGAAAUGCCUUUUUAUCUUCUUCAAUGUCAUCUUUGAGAUCAUUGGAUGUAUCCUGAUAUUCGCAGCCGUGAAGUCAAUGGGUGUCUCCGCACAGGUAUCGCAGUUUGGGGCCCCCAGCACAAGCUGGACGUGGGUGUUUGCCAUUGGAAUUUUUGCCAUCUCUUCGCUUGGAAUUUAUGCCGCCUGCUCCGAGAACGUCCUUGUCCUUAAAAUAUUUGCUGGCUUCAUGGGUACUGGAAUGGUCAUCAUGCUCAUCUUUGGGAUUUAUGUGGCUGUCAUGAAAAGCAAGGUACAUGACUUGAUUCAGGAAGGUGCCAAGACUUUGAUGAACGACAAAGCCUUCCAGGACCAAAUGGAUGCAGUACAAGAAUACUUGCAAUGCUGUGGAAUACUGAGCGCUGACGACUGGCAAGGAGCCAUUCCUGAUUCGUGUCAAUGCCCUGACAGUUAUGAUCUCAGCUCUGAAUGCAAGAGCAGACCUGUCGGAUCUAGUGGACCCGACCGUAUCUACAAACAGCCCUGCGCUAACAUGGUGACUUACUACAUAGACCUGGCCUUCAAGAUCGCCUUGGGCUUCUUCUUUGGCUUUGCUGCGAUUGCUCUCAUGGGCCUGUUGAUCUCCUUCCUCAUGAUCCAUCAGGUCAAACAAUACGAGGGCGCCGGACCGGCCAUGGCCAUGAAGAGCUACUGAAAAUGAGGCUCCGCCCUUUCCUCAGACCUCUGCACUGACGGGUUGAAACCCCCCCCCCCCCCCCCCCCUUGGGCUUCUCUGUAACCUGAAGUCUGCUUUUUACUUAACAGGGAAACCAAAGAAACAGAAGCAUGAACAUGGAAAUAUUUCACUUUGGGGAACGUUCAUUCUAUUUUAGCUUGAUAUGUUUAAAUGUAGUUUCAUAUAAGGAAACUCAUCUGUUUUGUGAUAUAUGACUGAACAUGUGUAAAGGUGUCUAAUCUUUAUUUUCUGGCUUCAAACAAAUGAAAGUAUUAAGUCUGCGUCAGUCUGUUCAGGAUAUUAGUGAGCGAGUCUCAAUCAAAUAUGACACUUUAAAAAAAAGUUUUUCUUUGAAAUUUAAAAACCUUUCGAAGGCUAAAACUGAAGUUUAGACAAAAAUACAAAAGUAGCUCUACAUUCUGCAACAGCACUUCAUUUUUUAAGGCUUAUUGGUUUAGAUUUACGUCACAUUUGGGUUUUAGGAGAAUAUUAAAUACAUUUUUCUACCAAUAAACUGACGGAACUGAAAAAAAAACUUUCCUUUUAAAGAAACUUAACUAUUCCAUUUUAAGCUGUUUAGAAAGUUAUAAUGAAUGCACCUCGCUAAGCAACAGUUCCUCUAUCUUGAAAUCAUUGUUUUUGUACCCAAUAAUCCAAACCUUUCUUUUUCUUUUCUUUUUUAUAAAAGUAUAAUUCCUUUUCAAAAUAUUUAUUUUUAUAAUGUCACAUUACAACCGAUUAUCCAAAUUAGCAGCUAAAAUGUAAAUGUAUUCAUGAGAAAUAAAUGCACCCCUAGAAAAAUACAAACGAUUUAUUUUGAUCAAACUUUUUUUUCAAAUAGUAAAGUUAUGUUUUUAUUUUAACAUAAAACCAAAUAAGAAAGUGAACCCUGUUGUUUUUUCAGACCAGUUUAUGUUAAUAUUCUUAUGUUAACUGUUUACUUCCUACAGAUAUAGCAGUGAAUUCAUAUUUUUCUAAACUUUCUUUUGUAAAACUUUAUUGGUGUAAAAAGCUGCUGGGGGACGGCCCGGAUGCUGCAUGUCAUGUAUCGGCGGAUCUCACUGGACGCUGUUCCAGCUUCUACCAAAGAUCAGCUGUUGCUCUCCACCGCAAGAAGGUACAAGGAUUUGCUGAGAAAACACAUCUGCACCCAGAGUGCAUCCUCAUAAAUAAACUCUUCAAAGUAAAAUCUCCAUUGCAUUUUUAAUGGGAUUUUAUUUUGAAAUAUCUCAAUCAUUUCGCUUCCUUACAAAUGAAAAAAUGAACCGUGUGCAAAAACAUUUCAGGUUUCCAUUUUUAUGUUUGCUUUUCCCAAUUUUAAUGAAAAGAGCAUAAAUUGAUUUGAAAAAGAGCGUUUUUGUGACAUUGAAAAUACGCUGGGCGGGGCCACAAACUCCUUGCUCCGCCCCUUUCUGAUCAUCCACCCGCAGACCAAUAGAUCCAUGAAUGUCUUUGUUUUCCUGGUCUGAGCUGGAAUCCGGAUCAGAACUGUACGGCUGGAUGGAUACGAUGCCGCUAAUGUUCGGUCGGGGUGUGGGGGGGCUGUAAGCUAGCGGGAGAGAGUGUGAACAAAGAGGUCUCAGUUUUGCUUGAUGGGAAUGGGGGCGGGGUCCCGCCCACACCUCAACAUUUUUAAGAGUUCCUUCAGAAACGAUGUCCUCAAAAACAGCAUCACGACAAUCAAAAGACCAGAAGAUGAUCGGAGUGGAACUUUAGGUCUAAAGAACUGACACAAUACUGCACAGGGAAAAAACACACAUUCAUGGUAAAAUGAACCUCCUGACCAUCACACUUCCACCUCCAUGUCCGACUCUUUCUCUACUGUUUUUUCUCUGGUAAAUUUUGUUCGUUUGCAUCCUUUUGACACAGAUUCUGACCGUCCAAAAGGUUUUUCUGCCCGUUGUCAGUCAGCAUAAUAUUAAUUUAAAAGUGUCGGGAAUGUUUGAAAAGUUCCUGAGUCAAAUGUUAUUUUCACAGCAUAGUGUAAACUCUCCCAUGUAUCCAUGUUUGUCCAUUUUCUUCAGAAUCACUGAUGUUUUAGGGAUUUUGAGUUUAAGAGAGGUCAAACUAAAAUAAAUGCUUCUGCUUACAUC